UAAUGCGUAGCAGCAACUUCCAGAAUACCAAAUUCAAUGCAUGUCUGCAGCACAGCACUCAAUGAAUUUGAAUUGGAUAAGUGAAAAAGAAAACAGCUCAGGCUCAUGGAUUUCUAGCUUUCCAGUGAUAAAAGCUGGACUUUACAUAGAGAACACCCACCUUCAGGAAAGCUCCAUCCUUGGCAGCCAUUCUCAUUUCCCAAUUAAUUCCGCGCCUUCCUCUCUCAAUACUAUUCAUGAAGCUCUUCCCUGUCAUCUUCUUCCUCUCUGUUCUUCUUGCUCUUCACUCCCUCACACUCACAUCAGCUGCCUGUCACGUUGAUGAUGAAGCGGGUCUCUUGGCUUUAAAAUCUAGUAUCACCCAUGAUCCUUCCGGUAUCCUCAUCUCUUGGAAGCCCGGCACCGAUUGCUGCAGCUGGGAGGGGAUAACUUGUCUCGUCGGCAACCGGGUCACUGCAAUAUGGCUCUCCGGACAGCUUGAAAAACCUAAUAGCUUCUUGUCGGGUACAAUCUCACCAUCUUUAGUUAAAGUCCAGAAUCUUGAUGGUAUUUACUUGAUGAACUUGAGAAACAUCACGGGUAAAUUUCCGGAUGUGUUAUUCAGGUUACCCAAACUCAAAUUCGUGUAUAUAGAAAACAAUAAACUUUCUGGUCAAUUACCCAGUAACAUAGGCAGGUUAACCCAACUGGAGGCAUUCAGUUUAGCUGGGAACCAGUUCACUGGGCCAAUUCCCAGUUCAAUAUCCAAGUUAACCAAGUUGAGCCAACUGAAAUUGGGUAACAAUUUUCUUACUGGUACAAUUCCUGUUGGAAUUAACAAGCUAAAGAGCUUGACAUUUCUGAGUCUCAAAAACAACCAACUUUCAGGUCCAAUUCCUGAUUUUUUCUCCUCAUUCACUAAUCUUAGAAUUAUUGAACUUUCCCACAACAAACUUUCUGGUAAAAUCCCAGCUUCAUUAUCAUCACUGGCACCAAACUUAGCCUAUCUUGAACUAGGCCACAAUGCAUUAUCAGGGCAAAUUCCAAACUUUCUUGGAUCUUUGCAAGCACUAGACACACUAGAUCUUUCAUGGAACAACUUGACAGGAACAGUGCCAAAAAGUUUUGGUAAUCUAACAAAAAUCUUCAAUCUUGACCUUUCUCAUAAUUCUCUUACAGACCCAUUUCCUGUAAUGAAUGUAAAAGGAAUAGAAUCUCUUGAUUUGUCUUAUAAUAGAUUCCAUCUUAAGCAAAUACCCAAUUGGGUCACUUCCUCUCCUAUCAUUUACUCUCUCAAGUUAGCAAAAUGUGGGAUCAAGAUGAACUUAAAUGACUGGAAGCCAAAGGAGACUUAUUUCUAUGAUUACAUUGAUCUAUCUGAGAAUAACAUCUCAGGUAGUCCAAUUUGGUUACUAAACAAGACAGAUUUCUUGGUUGGGUUCUGGGCAUCAAAGAACAAGUUGAAGUUUGAUUUGGGUAAGUUGAGGAUUGUUAAUACAUUAAAGAAGUUGGAUUUGUCAAGGAAUUUGGUGUAUGGGAAAAUACCCAAGAAUGUUACUGGACUGGAAAGCUUGAAUUUGAGUUAUAACCAUCUUUGCGGACAGAUUCCAGCAACAAAAUUCUCUGCAAGUGCAUUUGUUGGGAAUGAUUGCUUGUGCGGUUCUCCAUUACCUCCUUGCAAAGUAAGUUGAAAUUAACAGUGGAGAUGAGAAACAGGAAGAAAGUUGAAAUGCAAUUGGAGAUAUUUCAGGAUCCAUUUGUUGGCACUUGGUACUAAUUUGUUGGCAGUUCAAUAAUAAAACAUGUCGGCCUCCAUUUUCUCA